AGAAGGUGUUGCCUUACUCUUAAUUUUUUGUGUUGUGUUGUGUUUUCUUUUUCACAACCAAAGAAAGAAAUUGCAAAAUAUCCAGUGGGUGUGUUGUUUUUUGCAUUUGCCACCUUCGCGAGAUCAGAUAGUAGCUCCUCAGCAGUGCCUCAUUGUUGCCCAAAAGUCCAUGGCAGUGCGUUGGAGCCGUCGCGGAGGGAAUAACUGUGCUCGCGCGUAAUGAAAUAUUAAUGAAGUGCGUGGGAUCUUGACGUGCCACCACUGUGUUUCCGGAAAGCGUGAGAAAGAGGCAAAAACAUGAGCUCUCCGGCGGUGACACGAAGAGCCGCACAGAAGGCGAAGAUUCAGACGAGAUCAAUGGCGAAUCCACGACCAAGUAGCUCAGCACUGAUGGAAGCAAAAAAGCGCGCUCGCCAGAAGAUCUCGAGCAGUGAGAAGCGAAGCAGCGACGUUCAGACACUCAGGGAUCCCUACCAGACAGCCAUGGAGGCUACACAGAUGAUUCGCGGGGCAACAGGACUGAUCUACGACCGCCAAAUGGCGCAGCACAAAUGUCUCUGGGAUGAGAACUACCCGGAAUGUCCAGCUAGGUUGACAAGUGUCCUGGACAGGUGCCAAGAAUUAAAACUCAUGGAUCGAUGCAUGAAAAUCGAACCAAAAUCCGCAACAAAGGAGCAAAUCCUCCUGAAACACACCGAGGAACACUACGAAACCCUCAAGAGGACCAGUGGUUCAACGGAUGAAGCCUCCCUGGAGGAUUUGAGCUCCCGCUAUGACGCAAUUUACAUCCAUCCGACAACAUUUGAAUUGUCGCUGUUGUGUGUGGGCAGUACCGUGGAGCUGGUGAAUGCUGUUGCCGAGGGUCGAGUACAGAAUGGCAUGGCGAUAAUUCGACCACCUGGGCAUCAUGCGAUGAAGGCGGAAUUCAAUGGGUACUGCUUUUUCAACAAUGUCGCAAUAGCUGCAGAGGAAAUCCUCCGUCGGGGUAACACUGAGCGCAUUCUAAUUGUCGACUGGGACAUCCAUCAUGGUCAGGGCACACAGCGGAUGUUCUACGAUGACCCACGGGUGCUCUACUUCUCCAUCCAUCGCUACGAACAUGGGGAGUUUUGGCCCAAUUUGCGGGAGUCUGACUUCGAUUGGGUGGGCGAGAGUGCUGGUAGGGGAUUCAAUUUCAAUUUGCCACUCAAUCACACCGGCAUGACCGACGCCGACUACUUGGCCAUCUUCCAGCAGGUCCUCCUACCCGUGGCCACAGAGUUUCAACCACAACUUGUGAUAAUCUCCGCCGGAUACGACGCAGCCCUUGGAUGCCCAGAGGGUGAAAUGGAGGUGACUCCGGCAUGCUAUGCACACUUCCUGUCACCCCUAAUGUCGCUGGCGAGUGGAAAGGUUGCAGUGAUCCUCGAAGGUGGCUACUGCCUUCGAUCGUUAGCCGAGGGAGCUGCUCUCACGUUAAGAACCCUCCUUGGGGAUCCUUGUCCAAAUCUCACACCUCUGGCUGCUCCAUGCGAAAGCGUUCAGGAGACCAUCCUCAAUUGCAUUUCCGUGCAGAGGGCAUACUGGAAAUGUUUGCAGAUUCAUCGAACGUAUGGGCUGGAGGAGGUGAAUAAUAUUAAUCCCCCACGGGAGCUGCACCAAGUCACGACGCUGUUCAAGGGUCCAUUGGUGCGCGCGGAGAGAUUUGAGACACGCAAUUGCUACCCUGUGCAGGAUCAGGAGUGCGUACGGAGGAAUGAUGAGCGUUUGCAGCGUCUCGAAAUGACGACAAAUCUCAGGGUUGCCCCGAAGAGGGUUUGCUUUGUCUACGAUGACGCCAUGACGGAGCACAAGAAUGACUUUGAGGUGCAUCCUGAAUGUCCGGCGAGGAUAACGAAGAUUUGGGAGCGUUUUGGGGAAUAUGGAACAGUUGAGAGGAUGCACCGGGUGGCCAGUCGACAUGCCACACUCGAAGAGCUUGAACUUGUGCACUCACCUGAGCACGUGAGGUUGAUGAAGGAGUCCGUUGAACGGAAGGAUUUGAAGGCAUUUGGGGAAAGGUACAACUCCGUGUACUUCCACAGUUCUACGUGGACGUGUGCUACCCUUGCAGCUGGUAGUGUGCUUCAGGUGGUGGAUGAGGUGGUAAAUGGGAAUUCCCAGAGUGGGAUUUGUGUUGUCCGACCACCGGGACAUCAUGCUGAAUCAGAUCUUCCGCAUGGCUUUUGUAUUUUCAACAAUAUCGCCGUGGCAGCCGAGUAUGCCGUUCAAGUUCACGGCCUUCGACGUAUUCUCAUUGUUGACUGGGACGUACAUCAUGGGAAUGGGACACAGCAUAUCUUUGAGAAUCGUCGAGAUGUGCUCUAUGUGUCACUUCAUCGCUUUGAUCAUGGGAAUUUCUUCCCAAAGGGCAGAGAUGGGGAUUAUGGGGAGGUGGGCAGUGGACCCGGGGAGGGGUUCAAUGUGAAUAUCCCGUGGAAUCGGAAGGGGAUGGGUGAUGCAGAAUACGCAGCAGCUUUUCACAGCAUCAUCAUGCCCAUUGCGUAUGAAUUUAAUCCGGAAUUGGUGUUGGUGUCGGCUGGCUUCGAUGCUGCAAUUGGAGAUCCCCUGGGUGGGUGCAAAGUUUCCCCCGAGGCCUAUGGGCACUUUACACACUGGCUGGCAUCCCUGGCGAAUGGGCGGCUUAUCAUUUGCCUCGAGGGUGGAUACAAUGUCAAUUCCAUUUCAUACGCAAUGACCAUGUGUUCAAAGGCACUUCUCGGUGACCCACUGCCACCAUUGGAUGGAUGCAGACGGGAAUUGAAUGGAAGUUGCGUGGAGACAAUACGAAAUGUGGUGUCGGUGCAGAAGAAGUACUGGAAGUGCUUGAAGUUUAGCAAGAAAGUGCCCAAUUUUGUGUGUGGCGACGUGGGUGGUGGCCUCAGUGACAUGGUGCAGGGGAUGAAGAUUGAAGAUGAGCCGUGUGAUAGUGACAGUACAAAUGAGCGAAGCAGUGGAGCGGGAAAGGAGGUGGAAGAACCACAUCCGGGCCCGUCGAGUUCGCGUGGUGAGGUGAAGAAAGACCAUCAAUCACUGAGUGAUUACUUGGCGGAAAAUGCCAUCGCCUUGGCCAAUGAGGAAAUGUUUGCCGUGGUGCCUCUGAAAAAUUGCCCACAUCUCGCAAUGCUGGAUCCAUCUCAGGCACCAAGCGAAAUCAAUACGUGGGCCCCGUGCGGAGAGUGUGCGAGCCCAACGGAAAAUUGGAUUUGCCUACACUGCUUCCGGACACUCUGUGGUCGCUAUGUGGGUGAACAUAUGCUCUACCAUCAUCUAGACACGGAGCAUCCACUCACGCUGAGUUUUAGCGAUUUGUCCGUGUGGUGCUACAAAUGUGAGUCCUACAUUGAUAAUCCUGUGCUCUACAAGUACAAAAAUAUGGCACAUAUGUGCAAAUUUAAUGGUGAAGAAAUGGUCUGGCCCUACGGCAGGGAUGAACUGCAUUUAUCAGUUGACCACGAAAACUGAUACUUCGCACAUUUUCGAAAAAUUAAAACUACAAUUCAUGAAUUAUUUUUCCUAACAAUCAAAUAACUUUUAAAGCAUAAUUUUUUUACCUAAUUCCUAAAAAAAAAAUCCUUAAACAUUUUUUUUACUAAAAAAAAAACAAUCGAAUUUAACUUUGAGCACGUUAGAAUAAAAACCUAGCACAGAAUGAUUUGAAAGGUGUCGAAAAAAUAUUUUUUCAACCCGAGACGAAGAGAAGCAUUGAAGAUUGACAAUACUCAAUGGUAAAAAAAAAUCAUGAAAUAAAAAGGGAAAUUGAAA